GUCCGAGACUCCGCCAGUGUCGAUAUUACAUUAUUUUUUUUUAUUUUUGUGUUUUUGUUUUUCUUAAAUCGCCAAACACAAACGAACACAAUGGUCGCCUAUAAAGCUCUCUUGGCCGUCGCCAUCGCGAUGUCGGUCGCUCAAGUAAGUAACAUAAUAUAUUAUUAUUUCAAUUUUGUUUGAAUUGUUGUUUUUUUUUUUUUUUUUUCUUUUAAUACCUCUGCCUCUGGUUACGUUUAAUUUUUCCUCUUUUCGGAAAUCUCGACCCAAACGUCAACUCCGUGUAUCCCAGAAUCAAAUCUGAUCUAGUUUACAGGAGGUCGCCGAAUUGAUUUGGAGAACACCGGAGACGUUCAAGCGUCAUUGUUAAUUUAAUUUUUGUAAAUAAUCGUAUGAGAACCGGUAAAUUUCACUGUUUAGUUGUACAAUAUUUACACGGUCUAGACGUAGUGCAAUUUUAAAUACACUGGCGUUCUUUAUAUUAUUUUAUAUUUUUUGAGGUUUUAGAUUCGGAACGUCGUGAAGAACGUAUUGAUUUUACAAUGAUGUUUAUUUUUUUUUAUUCUUUUUCCUUAUACUUUUUAUAUUUUACCAGAAAUCAUGUUCCGGUGUAUCAUGUAUAGCAUUUUCCUGAAAGGUUGAUAUAUUAAUUAAGGAGGUUAGUUUUUCGAUUUCCCAAGCUGUUUUCAUAUUAAUUGAAAAAGACCGGAAAAAACCGUAAGGAUAAACGGACAAAUAUUUACGGCACAACGAUUACAUGAUUUUCAAUUUUUACGCUUUAUGUUUUCUAACGGGAAUAUCGUUUCAAUAAAAAAAAAUGACAAGUGAUCAUUGUUUUGCAUUUUAGUCUAGUUGGCGAAUAAAGAAACCGUUUUUUGAUACAUGAAAACCCUUUUAAAAAAUGUAUAACCGAACUUCGCUCCGAAUCGUUUUUCGUUACCAAUAGUUUAUCGUUGCGAAUAUUUAUAAAUUAAAUUCCCCUCUGUAUCCCACCUUCCAGACUUCUCACCUACAAUAACGGGCCACCUGUCAUACGAAUUAUGUCCAUCUUUUUUACAUUGUUGUAUUUACAAAAUAAUAUAAUUUUUUUUUCAAAUACUUUUUUAAUGAUCAAUGUGAUAUAAUAUUCCAUUGAAAAUACAACAGUCAAUAGGUUAUCGUUAUUGUAUACAGAAAACAGAUAUAAAUUGAAUUACUUAAAAAUAUAUAACAAUAUUCGUUCCUAACUUUCUCAAUUUCCCGCCUAUAUAUUGAAGAAUGUCUGAUUUUUUUUUGAAAACAAACGCGAGCAUUGAGCAUCAGAAAUUGUAUUAUCUACGUUUAUUUUAACACGUGGCGACCAACAUCUGAUGUUUUCUAGAUUAACGCCAGACCCACUGAGACCAAAUGGACCGAACCUUUCGAGUCUGCACUGAAAAAUUUGACAACGUCAAUAAGUGGAGUACUUGGAGAAAACGGCCAAAAAGCCACAGACUUGGCCAAAAACAACUACAACGAGUUCGUCAACAAUUUCAAAUCUGGAUUGGCCUCUCUAUCGAAAACAGUACGGUGAAAAAUAAUUGUACAUAUCCUAAGUAAUAACACAUAAGAACGGUGACAAAAAAAAUAUAUAUUUUCAAUGUGUUCAUAAAACCCACAAAUUAUUUCUUAUUUUUUAUUUUGUUUACUCACCCGUUAAAAGUGUUGUAGUUUAUACAUAAUAUUAUUAAGCAUAUCCAUGAUAAUAUGUUUUUGUUCACGCAGUUCGAAGGCAAAACCGGAGUGUCCGAUGUAGUCAAGGAGGCCACCAAACAGUGGGAAUCGGCCGUCGACAAGUACUCGAAGAACUUGCCGCAGGAUUUGACCCCGGCGAAAUUGACCGAGAAAUUCGAAAAAUCUCUCAAGUACAUCACCGACAACGCAACCGAGCUUUCGAACAAAGCAAAAGGAAACAGCGAGACUGAAAAGGAAAUUAGAGAAUUCACCAAGAAACAGAUCGACUCUCUUUUUAAACACGUCGAAGACCUCAAGGUAAAUUAUCGUUGAAAUAACAGCUUGAACGACAAGAACCGGAGUAAUAAUAUAAUGUAUUUUUGCGAUUUCAGAAUUCAUUGGGCGAAAAUAAAACCCAAUAACCUCGAUCAAUGAUGUCCAUCUACCAUUUUUACCAUCUAGACGAUUAUGCCGACUAGAAUACAAUACGAUAAACUGAAAACUAUAAUUUAUUACCCGUACACUAAUAAAUAGGCGACGAUUUGAUUGUAAUUUUAUAAUUAAUAACAAUGUUAUAUUUUUAUUCCGUUAAUAUCAAUGUUUCAUCUUUGUUGUAACACUGAAUCUGACAUUAUUAAAUCAUACAGUUUAUUUUGUAAUGUUAUAAACGUUAUUUAUCAUCCGUACCGUAGAAAAAUUCGACGGGAAAAACGACGAAAUACCAAUAGUGUUUUGUAAACCGAUAACGUCAAAAAUGCCCUCAAUCGAAAUAUUCGAUUUCGAUUCUUCUCGUGAAAAUAUGUGAUAUUAGGCGUGCGUACGGGCGUAUUUAACCUAACCUUUGGAAAUACGCGGAAAAAAAA